CCUGUGCGACCGCUCUAGGCGCUUACCUGUGGCAUCCAUCGCCUAUGUCGCCGCCUCUCUAGGCUGUGGGUGCCGGCUCUGUGACCCAGGCGGGGCGGGCUAGCAGGACGGGGUCCGUGGAGGCAGCCGAAUGGCGGUCCCCGCGGGGCCUCCGUCCGCGCGAGGUGCGAGGUAGAGCCGCGUAGGCCGUGCGGCCCGGGCCCCGCGGCACAGUUCCGUGAGUCCCACUGGUGUUUUUUCCCUGCUGCCCACUAUCUGCCCGAGGAGGCUGUGAGUCUUCCAGCUAGGACGAAAUGUAAGGAAAUGCAAAUGUACUGUGAACUUAUAUUCCCUUAAAUGCAACAUCACAGACUUCACAAGAAAGUAUUUUUUCGAGAAGAAAUGGCAUCCAGCAUUGAAAAUGAAAAGAGUGUGAAUCCUGUGCUCAGAAUAAGUCAACUUGAUGCUCUGGAACUAAACAAAGCUCUGGAACAACUAGUGUGGUCCCAGUUUACCAGCUGUUUUCAUGGAUUUAAACCAGGGGUGUUGGCUCAUAUUGAACCAGAAGUUAAAGCAUUUCUGUGGCUUUUACUGUGGAGAUUCACCAUCUAUUCUAAGAAUGCAACUGUGGGACAGGCUAUUUUGAAUAUUCAGUACAAGAAUAACUUAUCUCAGACAGAGAAAUACCAACCUCUGAGCAAACACCAGAAGUUAUGGUAUCUUAUUUUCACUGUUGGUGGAAGAUGGCUGGAGGAAAGAUGUUACGAUUUCUUUAGCAAUCGCCAACUGCAAUCUGUCAGCAAAAUCAAGCAAUAUAUUAAUUUUGGAGCUGGACUUCUUAAAAUUUGUGGACUUGUAAAUUUUCUGAUUUUUCUUCAGAAAGGAACAUUUGCAACACUUACUGAACGCAUUCUAGGAAUUAAGUCAGUUUUUUGCAAGCCACAGAAUGUUCGCCAGGUAGGAUUUGAAUACAUGAACAGGGAGCUGUUGUGGCAUGGCUUUGCUGAAUUUCUGAUCUACUUGCUACCACUUAUUAAUGUACAGAAACUGAAACUCAAAAUUUGUUCUUGGUGUUUGCCUAUUGCCAAUCUUUCUAAUAGUGAAAAAACAGUAGCAGCUCACUACAAGGUGUGUUCGCUGUGUGGGGAAUGGCCUACCAUGCCACAUACCAUAGGCUGUUCACAUGUGUUUUGUUACUACUGUAUUAAAAGUAACUAUUUACUUGAUAUGUAUUUUACCUGUCCUAAGUGUGGCUCAGAGGUACACAGUCUUCAGCCACUGAAAUAUAAAAUUGAGAUGACAGAAUUACAUAUCUAAUAAGGAGGUUGUUCUAUUCUUGUACUGCAUAUGAAAUAUAUUAAAGAUGAAUGGAAAAAAAUCAGAAAUUACUGUAAUCAGACAGCUUGAAAGACAGCUUUGGAAAUUCUUUAAGCCUUUUCUGGUGUUAUUUUUUUUACUGAGUAACAGUGCCAACUU